AAAGUAGUGACAAAAGUAACAUGGGGAAGGGGAGGAAAGUGAUAAUAAUUGUGGUGGGGGUCAAGACUCAAAAGAAGUCACUUUCACUAGCAAUAUAAAUGCAGAGUGUGAAACUUUGAGAGAGAGAAAAUUGACAGAAUUUUAGAGAGAGAAACAACUACAAAUUGUACGCCAUUGAUUGUCAAACAAACAAACACCCCCAAACUCUCAACUCUUCUCCAUUAUCUCUGCAAUUUUAACCUCUUCUGCACAAUCUUCACACCCCCAAGAAGAUAUCAAUUUUAGCUCAAUCUCAUCUUUUUGUAAGUAUAUAUUAGGGUUCUUGAUCUUGUUUUCGGUCCUUGAAAGAAAUGGCGAUUUCGUCUUAUCCAACUCCAUCAGACGCAGGGGUACUCUGCGUAAUUCUUGCAAACACAGCAAUAUCCAUCUCGAUUGUCAAAGAAAUUCUCCGCUCCAUCCUCCACGUAAUGGGCAUCCACAUAGCAUCUUCGGAGGAAUAUUCCGUGGAGCCCACAAACUCGUCCGAAUGCCACAGCAGAAUCUCAUCAGAUUCCUACGUGGAGGAGUUCAGAAACCGAACGCCAUCAAUGAGUUACGCCUCGAUUUUCGUGCACGAAUGUCCUAAACAAGAAUGCUCGAUUUGCCUGUCUGAAUUCGAACCGAAAUCCGAGAUUAACCAACUUUCUUGCGGACAUGUUUUCCACAAAUCGUGCCUCGAGAAGUGGUUGAACUAUUGGAACACGACAUGCCCACUCUGUCGGAAUUUGAUGAUGCUGCCUCAAGAAGUUGAAGAAGAAGAAGAUUCUUGUCCUAUGUGAGUAUAAUCGAACGGAAUAUUCCAUGAGGAAAGUCGAGUUUCGGGUGGUGUGUAUAGCAUAGUGUGCACAUAGUAUUCUGUAAAAUUGCCUGUUGUAUUUUUAGCUGCCAAUAUAUGCGUCCUCUUUGGAGCGACGGGUCAGCUUUUCGACUGAUGAUAUAUAUCUAUAUAUAUCUCUAUGCUGUAUAUAUUGUGAAAAAAAGGGCUUUCUGAAAAGUCGAUGUACUUUUGAAGUGAUUAAAUAGCAUUAUCGUGCUUUAACUUGUACCCUUUUUUUUAUGGUGAGUUAAUCGAGUGUUUCUCACAUCGGUUUAAUCUUGUCUGAAAUGUAUGAAUCAAGAUCGAAAUUUUGUUUA